UCUCUGGGAAGUAUCUUCACAAAAACUGUUACAAGCUCUUCCCCGGUUAGCAACUUGAGGUUUAAAAAAAUAAAAUGGGAAAAGUUCAUGAGGGGAACAGCAAUACCGAAGACAAGAAAACCGAGUUUAGUUUAGUGCGGGUCAAAAGUACAUGGAAGAGCAAACUGGGGAAGAAGAUCAAUAAGGACGCAGUUGACUCUGUCUCGGCCGCAAAAAUCUAUGAAAGCAUCACAGACAGAGGCACCUCUUGGACCGUGGUCAGCCCCAUCACCUUUACUUACAAGGUCACAGAAACUCAUGACUUACUGGACCCAACCAAUGACACUCUCUUGUUGGGCCACAUCACCGACCCACAACAUUUGGAGGACAUUAAAAAAUCCAAUAAACCAAUCAGGCGUUUUGUGGUAAUUGACCAAGAAGUCUUUAAAAUCUACGGCCCCAAGCUAACUGAAUACCUUGAGGCUAACAAUGUAGUGUACAAGAUUUUGGCUCUUCCAAUCACAGAGGGGAACAAAUCCAUGGAAACAGCUCUGAAGAUUCUAGAUGAUGUCAAUAACUUUGCUCUCGACCGUCGAACAGAGCCCAUCAUUGCCAUUGGUGGAGGGGUUUGUCUAGACAUAGUGGGCUUGGCAGCUUCAUUGUACCGGAGGCGCACUCCUUACAUUAGGGUCCCCACCACACUUCUGUCCUACAUUGAUGCCAGCGUAGGGGCAAAGACUGGGGUAAACUUCGCCAACUGCAAGAACAAACUUGGGGCUUAUAUUCCACCUGCAGCUGCAUUGCUUGAUCUAUCAUUUAUGCAAACUGUUCCACGAAGACACAUCUCCAAUGGGCUAGCAGAGAUGCUAAAGAUGGCUUUGAUGAAACAUCAGGGACUCUUCGAGCUUCUUGAGGAACAUGGCUGUAUGCUGUUGGACACUAAAUUCCAGGCUGACAACACUUUAUAUGGGCACAGUAGUGUUAAAGUUGCAUCACAGGCAACCCACAUAGCAAUCACAACAAUGCUAGAGGAGCUAGCUCCAAACCUUUGGGAAGACGACCUAAACAGACUUGUGGAUUUUGGCCACCUUAUUAGUCCAGCAUUAGAAAUGAAAGUUCUUCCAUCCUUACUGCAUGGUGAAGCAGUAAACAUUGACAUGUCUUAUAUGGUAUACUUGUCUCAUGAGUGCGGCCUAUUGAUGGAAGAAGAAAAGCAAAGGAUCAUAAGCUGCAUGGUUGGUCUGGAGCUUCCUGUCUGGCACGAGGAGUUCACCAUGGAGCUAAUUCAGAAGUCUCUGCAGGACAGGCUGAAGCAUUCUGGUGGUUUGGUCAGAAUGCCACUUCCUGUUGGUUUGGGGCAAGCAGAAAUUUUUAACAACAUGUCAUUUGACAUCCUGCAGAGAGCUUACAUCAAGUGGUGUGAGGAGCUGAGUGUCUCUUCUGACAGCACCUGUGACGUUUGAUUCCCACAUCCAACAUCAUGUCUCAGUCUAGUUUUUAAACAAAUAAGUGUUUCUUGUAUUAGGUACGUUGUUGCAGCAUGGCUCACAUGCAUGGGGGACAUUGUCGUAGUUACAGGCUAACAUGGAAAUACGUCCAUCGUGUUUUCAUAUUACAGAGAACAACUUUAUUUACACUGGAAGGAGUGGUCUGCAUUAUUAAUGCCAUAAUUUGUGUUUAAGUAGUAAAUAAAACUGCUCAUAGGUUUGGUAAAUGGAUUAAAAUUAAUUAUUUUUUUCCAUUUGUUUUUGUUACAAUCAUGUAAGUGCCAAUAACGCUUGCUCAUUUUCUGCUUAUUUCUGAUGUAAAAUACACUUACCAACAAUA